GCCUUUCUCCUUUCCCCCCAUAUGCUUUCUCCCAACAACAAGCCCUGGGAGUUCACCGGCAUCCCUCGCCGCUGCACCACAGGAUGCCUUCUCUCGGGCCGUCUCCGGCUUUGCUGUCGUUUCGGAAGCAGAACUUGCUGGUUGAGUUCUCCAGCCUGCGCAGUGCGCCGCUCGACGGCGUGUUCAUGAGCAUCACACCGGGCGACCCUUCGCUCUGGGUGGGUGUCUUGUUUGUUCGCAAAGGUCCAUAUGCGCCCGCUGUUCUGCGGUUCCAAAUAUCGUUCCCACCCAACUAUCCGACUCUGCCUCCUCUUGUGACAUUCUCUACCGAUGUGUUCCAUCCUUUGCUCACCCCGCUCACCACUUACACAUACACCACUGGCUCCUCUGAUACAGAUACGGUGAGUGCAACGGAUGAAGAACGACUGCCGCCUGGCGGCUUCAGCCUUCGUCACGGAUUUCCACAGUGGUUCGGUCGCGCUCGGAAGUCCGCAGGCUCUCGUGAUGCGAGUGCGUCGAGCGUAUGCAGUACCUCCCAGGGUAGCACGCCAAGGCCUGCAAGAGGCAGGGAGGAUGAGACAACGUCUUCACAGCUGGCAGCAUCAACCACUGCAGCCGGAAAGGGCGUGACCAUUGUAAAGGUCCUCCAUUAUAUCCGCUCCACAUUUAGCGACGAAGUAGUGCUUGAUUCGAUCCCUCUGCAAGCUGCUGCCAACCCGGGCGCAUAUCAUGCGUGGCGAAGCUAUCGAUCUGAAUCUCUACAAGCACAGAAAGCUUCAUCGGUUCCGAGCACAUCAACGGCUUCCAUGUCCCACCUAGGCGUGGAGGACAAGGCGGUUGAUAAUGACGCACUAGGACGGAAUCGACGGCCCGGAGACUGGAAUUGGGAGGGCGUCUGGGAGGAGAGGGUCAGGAAAGCUGUUAAGGGCAGUUUGUCGGACUCCGUACUCUAUGGUGGCGGGGUGCCUGGUGAGGAUAUCAUACGAUUUAGGGAUGGUGAUGAGGAUACACUCCAGAGAAUGAAGACGACCAUGGAAGCUGCAAUCUCGAGAGCAGCGGCGCUUGGAUGAAAUCUAACAUCGAUUAGGGCUCCUGUACUUGGAAUCAUCUCGUGAUGGGAUUGCACCUGCUGUUGGAAGCGAAAACGGGUCAUCCAGAGCCUAAUUCCCUCCCAUUUGCGCACCUCCUGCCGCUGAUUUGACGACUCGGACUCCGCGGCUCGCAUGAUCUGAAAGGGAACAGAGGAGGUCGCAUUUACCUAUCCCGAAAGUGAGGCCUUCCUGCAACUAAGUACCACGCUAGCCCGUCUAGCACUAGCGCCGAUUGAGCUUGAGUGGACUUCAUGCCUGACCGAUGUAAUCAUGGCUAUCUCCUCUCUGAAAAGUCGAAUGCAGUAUGCUCAUUCAUGACGACAAUUCUGUCACUGUCGAGCUGGUGGGUGAAGAAAGAGCCCGGACGGUAUCUGA